AUGGCCUCUAAGCUCCUCGUUGGCCAAUGGACCCGUGUGGUUUCAAACCCACGUCUCUGUCGCUCUUCCCAAGCCUUCUCUGUCAUAGGCCAGAAAGCCUAUGUAUUUGGCGGAGAGCUGCUCCCUAGAGAGCCCGUUGACAGCGGCCUAGAUAUUGUCACUCUAGGUGUAGAGAGUGAAUCCGCAUUGAAGACUGAAUCCGGGUCUGAUGAGUCUCCACUCCCGCGGGUGGGCACACACACCGCGACCCUCAAUGAUAGCCUCUUCCUCUUCUCCGGCCGCGGCGGUCUCGAGAUGCGCCCCAUCGAAGAGAACGGCGCCGUCUGGCGCUACACCCCUCAAGACAGUCGCUGGAAUCUGAUCCAGCCCUCCGACUCCUCCGCCCCUAUCCGGCAGGAGAAGCUACCACUGCACCGCCAGCGACGGCUCGGAUGGCAUCUACAUCCACGCCGGCUGCCCCGAGGCCGGACGCUUGGCCGACCUCUGGCGUUUCAACGUCACGGCCAAGACCUGGACAAAGCUGGCAUCCGCUCCCGCGUCGACGUGUUUGACCCCGCGGCCAACGCGUGGAGCACGGUAGCCUACGAGCCGGACAACGUGCACGGGCCCUCGGCGCGGAGCGUGUCGGCGCUCGUGCCGGUCACGGUCGGGGGUCGGACGUACCUCGUCACUCUGUUCGGGGAGUGCGAUCCUAGCGCCCUGGGCCACGCGGGGGCGGGGAAAAUGCUCGGGGACGUGUGGGCGUUUGACAUGGAGGAGAACACGUGGACAGAGGUCGGGAGCGCGGAAGCGGGCCGGGAGAGACCUUGCCCUCGUGGCUGGUUCGCGGCGGAUGCGGGGACGGAUCAGGAGGGGGUCUUUCGCCGCGAUGUUUCCCAGCACGUGCAAGAGCUGUCCCGCAGAGUCGAACUGCUGGAGAGGAGCCUAGCAUCCUGCGACCCCGCCGAUCGCCACCGCUCGGCUGAGGGCUCAGCGCAGCAUAGCCCCUGGACGGCAGCCGUCAGCGAAACCACGGGUAGCCCCGCGGUGCUCUCCACCACGCCGGCGACAGAACCCGACGACCCCGUCCGCGCAUCCAAGCUCCCCGACCGCCCCGGCCCCGCGCCUCGGUCGGUGCCGACUCCGUCCAGCCUGGCGUCCCCCUUUCCCGUGCCCGCCAAGAAGUCGCCGGCGGUUCUCAACCCCCACCCCGGCGGCCCCAGGACGUGA